GUUCUUCAUCGUGCGCUUAAACAAUACUACAAUGGGAGAAACUGCGCCUGAAGACAAGUCAGCGCGAGCGUGGCUUGCGCUUUUCCUAAUGCUUGUUGCCUUGUUUGGUCACACUUUAGUCUUCUUGGCUUUUUAUCGAGAACGAAAGUUGCGUACACUUCAAAAUAUCAUCAUCGUUAAUCUGAGCGUUGCCGAUUUUCUCUUCAGCGCGAUCGUUCCCUCCACGCACGUUGUUCGUCUUCUACGAAGGAAAACUACUUUGAGUGAAGCCCCGUGUUAUAUUACUGGUGUUGCGAGCAUGCUACUGUGUCUCACGUCAAUUAACACUCUAACGUUUAUCAGUAUUGAGAGAUUCAUGGCAACCAACUAUCCUAUAAAACACCGACGUUACUUUGAUAUUAAAUUGGUAAAAGUUGUCCUUAUUGUGAUCUGGUGUUGGAGUGCUAUGCUUAGCGCCUUGCCUUCCUUUACAGCGAAGUAUGUUUUUCUUGAGACGUUUUUUCACUGUUCCCCGGAUUGGGCUAGCGACCUUGGAACUACGUUGACCCUGGCUGUUUUUGGGAUUGGUGCACCUCUGGCAAUCCUGAGCUACUGUGGCUACCAUAUCGUGCACGCUUUGCGUAAAAGUAGACAAAUUCAUACAAAUAACGCCAACCGCCAGAUUUCAAACUCGCGUGCUGAAAGAGAGAGACGGAUGUCCUUGCUCACAAUCACCGUUGUCGUGACGUUUACGAUAUGUUGGGCACCGUAUUGUGUAGCGAUGUUGUGCUUGGCUCGUGGCAAGUGUGGGUUCCCCGAGAACUUUAUGUUACUUGCGCUAAUGUUGAGCAUUUUGAACAGCAGUUGCAAUCCUAUAAUUUAUGGAAUGCUGAACAAGAAGUUCCGCAGAGCUUUUAAAAAUAUUUUAACCUGCAAACAUCAAACGUCUCUUGGCAUUACGCCAAGUACAACUGGUACAUGAAAUUUCCGAGAGAGACGAAGAAAACAACAAUGCUAACACGAUUGUAUCAUAUCCACAAAAUAAUCACACCCAUCGCAAAAAAAUUAUAAUAUUGCUAUAAGUGCGAAUGCUUGUAAACCUGCUAAGUGUGGCUUGAGUUAUUUGAAAUUCUUUUAAGAAGCAAGAACCCAAGACGGUCCAAGCCUGAGAAGUCAUGUGUUAAAGUCACAUCUUGUAAUAUUGGUUAUCAAUCGAUAAUUACAUAAGUCUAUAAUUGUAGAGAAAACCUCAAUCCUUAGUCAUUUUUCCCGGAAAGGAUUGGUGUAUGAAGA